CUCUGGCGGUGGGUGGUGAGGGGGAGGGUGUGCGUGGCGGUGAGGAGAGGAAGGGUGGGGAUGGCAUGGAGGUGGAUGGUGAGUGUGAGGAGCAGCAGCAGGGGGGCGGGGGAGAGGUGCUGGCAGUGGAACGGCAUGGUACACAUGCUGCUGCCAGCAGCAUUGCGGGUGAGGGGGCCGCAGUUUCGACCCCUCUGCCAUGCGAUGCCUCUGAGAGCACUGCAGAUAGACAUGGCAGUGCGGGAGGUGAGUUCGAGGCAGCAGCAGCUGUGGAAGCAGUGCACAGGGCAGGGGAGGGCGGGCAGAGGGUGCCUGUGAAGCAGCGCCUGCGCAUGCCAGUCACAUAUGAUGACGUGCCUCUUGUGGCUGAGGGAGCAGUAGAAGCUGCCACGGUUUGAAGGAUGGCUGGUUGGUUCCAUGGAAGCUUCGUGUAGUAGAGUCGGUUGGUACGCUGCUGAAACUGGCAGAAUCGUCUCCAAGCAGUGUAAAACCUUGAACUGUUCGAUUUCAACAUCCAUCGAAAGAAGCAAUUAUGGUGGCUUUUGUGUAGUAUAAAUAUGUUACUGGAUCAGCUCUCAACUAGAGCUGAAACAUAGAAUGGACCACCAAUGAAGUGAUAUCAUGAUA